UUUAAAAACAAAAUUCAGGGAGGUCAGAGAUUUUCAAUUGUUCAAGCCGUACUCGUAAAAGUAAACACGGUAAUAUUCUAUUCUACCAUUUUAAAUACCGCUUAACAUCGGUUUACCAUUUCCCAUCAGAUCUGUCGAAAUAAGAUAUUAUAAUAUUAUAUUCACAAGAAUUUUUUCUCAUCACUAGUAAACAACGGUAGUGAAGCUAUUUCCAAUAUCAAAACAUUAUUUUCCUGAUGUUGGCUAACCUUAUGACAUUCGUCAUUGUCAGCUGAUCUGAAGAGGUUAUGGUACGGAGUAAUGCGUUGUUUUGUGGAAUAUUAGCGCUUGGCUGAACUAGUGUGACCAUGUCAGAUAUUGAAAACAGUAGUUUGCGAAAUAUCAUUUAAACAAAUUUUAAAAUGGUUGAACCUAUUUUUGACUAUCAGUUUCGUCUGAUACUUAUAGGCGAUAGUACCGUGGGAAAAAGUUCACUUCUGAAAUAUUUUACAGACGGCAAAUUUGCAGAGCUUUCAGAUCCAACAGUAGGAGUUGAUUUCUUCGCAAGACUAAUUGAAGUUAAAGAUGGUACUCGUAUUAAACUACAGUUGUGGGACACAGCUGGACAAGAAAGAUUUAGGUCCAUCACGAAGUCGUACUACCGCAACUCGGUGGGCGCGCUGCUGGUGUACGACAUCUGCAACCGGGCGAGCUUCGAGCACAUCCCGCUGUGGAUGAUGGAGGCCAAGCGGCACAUCGACCCGCACCGGCCCGUGUUCGCGCUGGUGGGCUGCAAGCUGGACCUGGCCUCCGCGGGCGGCCGGCGGGAGGUGUCCCGGGACGAGGCCCGCUCCUUCGCGGAGCAGGGCGGCCUGCACUUCGUGGAGACGUCCGCCAGGACGGGGGUGAACGUGGAGGAGGCGUUCCGCGUCGUCACCCAGGAGAUCUACGCCCGCAUCCAGUCGGGCGAGUACAAGGUGGAGGACGGCUGGGACGGCAUCAAGACGGGCUUCCAGCGCGCCAGCGGGCUCGACUUCAAUCUCGUCGAAGCCGAGGCCGAGAAGUCCACGUGCUGUUGAGGUUUUAUUGUUUUUUUUGUUGAGCUAAUGUUUUUUUAAUUGCAAUGACGAUUGUGUGUAGAUAUUAAUGUACUGUGUGGUAAUUAUGGUACAGUUCAUAGACGAGCUAUUGUUUCGUAUGUACUACAUGUACAUAACUAUGUGAAUAAGAAAAGACGAUGCUCCUUUUACAUGAUGUAUAAUUUCUUGUAGAGUGCCUUUCCUACACAUCAAUUGAAUUCAGAUGUCGUUCUCUUCUCUAGAUUCUUUUUUUUUUUCUCAUGAAACAUUUUAUUUGGACAUACACUGUUCAGUGUGUUCUAUUGAGUUUUAAGUAAACAUUUCUGCAAUAUAAAUGCUAUAAAGUAAUCCUUAAAAAGCUGUGUCAUAGCAGGUCCAAACGUGUUAUGGAUGUGAAAGACAGAAUAAAGUUAGUCAAGCCUCAUUAUUUGAUCUCUUUUGAUACUAAGUCAUAAUCACUUUCUAUUCUGCACGCAGCAAUUCUGUGAGCUUAGACUCUUACAAUACGCUACAAACCUGUUCAAAGUGUCCUGUUCAAAUGAUCGCUUGCAAUUAUUUUUCAGUGACAGUUGGGAACGAGCGAGAAAUCUUAAUAACAGUAACAAUUAACUUAAUAACAGUAUGUUCCUAUGAGGUGGAACCAAUAUAGCCUUUUUUGAAUUAUCAAAACAUUUCCUCUUUUACAUCUGAAUCAGGUUGGAUCCAUUGCAAUAAAUAGCUUCUGUGAGAUUGUUUGACUUGCAAAUGACCUACAGUUGAUCGGCAUUUGGCGAAGCUUCUUGAGUUAAUGUUAGUUAUCUACCUAUGUAUUUUUAAUUUAUGUGUCCAAAAAGAGAAAAAAAUUUAACUUUCCAUCCAAGUUUGUCAUGUUAAAAGAUGAGUAUGUGUGUGUGUAGUUGACUUCAUCUAAAACGUUUUACAGGAAUACUCUACUAGUCAUUAAUUGGACAUUCUGUGCAUAAUUGACGGAAUCUGGAAUUGCAUUGUCAAAUAAUAACAAACGUUUGAUUUUUUUUAAUAAUAAAGUGAGACUAUGAGACUAGUUAAUUAAACAAAAAUUCAACUCUAUGAAAGAUAUGUACUACAUUGGUACAUACAAGUUUCCAUGAUCUUAACAUUAAUCGUCAUCAGCGUUUAAAGUUUAUUUUGUACCUUUGUUUUGAGACCAUGUAAUAUGUUCAUUUUAAUUCGGUCAUUUUGCAUGAACCUUUUAAGAUGGUUUUGCCUUUCUUCAGCUCUGUGUAGGUGUGUUCAUCACCGAGGUGAAAUACCUCUUAUUUACCAUUGCAAAUUGUUAAAUUCUUUUGUAAUUUUAGUUAUUUUUAAUUAUUUCACUCAUUAUUCUAGUUUUAUUUACAUCAUUCAAAAGUAUUUUGUAUGUAAUUUCUUAACCAUUUUGCCUAAAACAAAUUAUUUGAAGUUGUCUUUGUGUUCUUUUUUUACUCUCCUUUUAGAUAGUACGUGAGUUGUUACGAUAUGCAACUUAAAGCCCAUUACAGAUAUACAGAUUUUGUUUUAUAAAGUAACAAAUAUUUUUUUAGUGUGUAAAUUUUGCUUAACUUUGUUAGAAGUUAAAUUUUUUUCUAUGUGAUACUUGCCAGAAGUGUACCUGACUAGAGACUACUAAAAGAAAAUAUUUAAUUCAUAUUUGCAAAUGUUUAUAUUUAAUUUGUUACUUUAAGUACAUUUUUGUAAGUGACAACAUUUUUAAUGUUCAUUGGUUUUAAAUGAAGAAAAAAUAAUUGGUUACAUAAAGUUGAGAUUUUUGGUAGUAGCAACAAGUUGCUGUCAGGUACCUCGUUAAUUUGUUUAGCGAUUCUUAUAGAUCUUUUAUAAACUCCCUUAAAAACUAUACUGGUUAGAACAUAUAGACUAAAUAAUAUAUGAAUAUUUUAUAUUAAUUUGUCACACAGUUUAAAUUAACGAAUAUAAGCUGCUUGUGUGUUUUAAUUACUAAAUACAUAUACAGUUACAAGUGAAUUGAUCUUAAAUUAAGCUACUAGUGAUGAACAUAGUGUUAACUAGGUCGAACGGAAGUAGCUGGGUAGUAGAAGUUUCUGAACAUCUCCUAACAAUUACAGUUACAUCUUUGAACAAAGUAAAAUACUGUAUUAUUAAGCUGCAUGUGUGAUUAUAAUAACUUAGUGUACUCUAUUAUUUCUUAUUUAAAUUUUUUUAUAAGAAUAAAAAUUACUUUUAGAAGGUGCUUAUAAUGUUAUACUAUAAAUCUAUGUUGAACAGAUAAAAAAAAAAAAAGGAAUUCUUUUUAACAAUGUUAGCUGCAAGGAGUGAACAAAUUUUUUAAUAAUAGCAUAAACUGUUAGUAUCAUUUAGGUUACUUUUUGUGUGUUUUAUUAAGCCAUUUGAUAUUUUAGUUGAUUGCAACAAUCUUUAUCCGAUUGUAGCAGUGCUAAGUAAUCUUUGACUAUCUGGAAAUUUAGUGAGAUUUUAUAGCAGAAUUAUUUGACUAAUUCUGUUUCUUUCGCGGUUAAGUUAUACUGUAGUGCUCAAAACAAGGUUAUUCACAAUCUGAGAAAGUAUAGCAUCUUAAAGUUUAGUCAAAGAACUACACAGGAAAAGUCAACUAACUAAAAGCCAAAGAGUGAUUUUGGACGAGUAGCAGAAACAUUUACAUCUCUUGUACUCGUUCAGAACUGGCCUAGAAGUUAUUUUUUUCCGCCUUGUUGAAUUGACUGCCAAUGUCAUGAAUGACAUACGCAUGUAUUAAUGUAAAAAUCUUAGAGGGUGUGUAUUUUUCCUUAAUGCUAAUGUGUUUUUCAGCCCUUGAUGUAAUUUUCUUUGAGAAGUUUAUGAUGUACGAAGAGACUUGAUGCAUAUUUCUGGUGUGGUAAAUGGUGAAGAUUGAUCUGGUCGAGUUAACUCUGUAGUUGACUGUAAGCAAAUUGUUUAGUUCAACUGACUUAAAAAAAAAAAUGUUGAAUGAAAUCUAUGUCUUUUGUCACUGGUACCUUUCUUUUUAUAAAUAAAACUUCUGAAAAUUCCUAAAAAAUAUAAUUGAUUGGAAACUAUUUUAUAAAUAUUGGCUGCUUGUCUUAGAUUUUACAUGUCCAUCAAUUUUGAGGGAAACAUCAUUAAAGAAUUACAUAAUUGUAUAUGUCAUGUUAUAUAAUAGAUUGUGCUGAUUUAUGUAGAAGUUGCGCUUAUGAAGGAAGUUGUCACAAAAAGUAAACAACGAACAAUACUUUGCAGUCUCAUGAAAGUAUACUAGCUGUGUCUCAAACUGCCAUUGACGACUCACUGGUAGGUCUGAUAGCUAAAUGCAACUGUAUAUAGCUAUAUAAAAUAAAUAAUUUUUAUCACUAUUGGGUUAUGGUUGAAAAUUUUGGUAACUUCCACCCUGGUGGAUAUUUAAUGUAAGUCCUUUUCAAAGAUAAUCUUAUGGAAUAGUGAUAUUGUGAGAAUUAUUAGAUAAUACAUAUCUAAUUGUGUGUAAAUAUUGUAUGUAUUAUAUGUAUUUUGUUUGUAUAUUGGAACAGUUCCUUUUGUAGAAACAAUAUUUUUUUUUGUUUGUCAGAAUGGGAAUCUGCAUACAUGACUGUUUUGGAAUCAUGUGUUAAAUCAAAUAGUUGAGUAAAUGAUUAGGAUUUAAAACACUGUAUCUCACAUGUAAAUUUGUGCAACAUUGUAGUUUAAGCCCUGCUACGCUGUAAUGUUUUAUAUUGCCUAAAACCCAGUGUACUUCAUUCAGCAGCUAGUUCAUACUCCCAGGAUGUUGACGAUAACUGUCAUUCAAGGUAAAAAUUGCAGCAAGUACUUUUUUCCCCCCACAUGAUGCAUUACUUGAACUGUUUGAAAAUACCUGAUAUAAUUUUUGCUUACCGUGCUCUAAACUUCAGAAAUGUCUUAGCUGUGCUAUUUUAAAAAAGGGAAUAGUAAAGUAAAUGCAAGAGCAGGAUUAUGUUGAUUCAUAGAGAAAAAAAAAAUAUUAAAAAUCUUCCCAGAACCCUGAAAAAUUAGUGGAAAAUGUGAGGAAACACUUGCUUCAGCCACUAGUCUUGGCAGCAUCUCGGUGUGUGCUGAAACAUGUUAUGGGAUUAUGCCCAUACAUGCAGCAUACUUAAGUAUUUACAUGUAUUGUACAGCACAGUUACGACUUGUUAGCUUCUACUCCAGUCACUGAUUGUAGUAUUUUAUGCUUGUGGUUUUCCAGUGCCACUAUUUGCAGAGUCAAUGUUGUCAGUUGAAAAAUUAAAAAAAAUUUUUUUUAUUGAAAUUUUUUUGUAGCCAUAGUAAAGCAUGUCCCUAAAUUGUGGUUGAUAUAUAGUGAUCUGAUCUGAAAAUUGUGAAAUUUUAUAUUUAAAAAAAAGGGUGGUGAGUUGGUUAAAUGCCUAGUUUUUAUGGUUAUUAAUUACUAAACCUGUGCGAAUAUGCCAGUUUUCGGAUACGAACACGAAUAGUUUAUUAUUUGUAUUCAAUUCAUCAUCAAAUACUAACACUUCAAAAUAAUGAAUAUUUAAUUGCCUACAAAUAUUUGACAUAGUAUAUCUCGUGAGUUUGUCGUAUAACAACAUUCACUGUUGAGGUUAAGUCAUUUGUGGGAUGUAAAUACCCACUUUUUGAUGUUUUAAUGGACUUCAUAAUCAAAAACAAUAAUUCAUGUUUUAAACAUGCAACAAAUAUUCAAAGAUUUUCCACUAUUAUCUCCGUAAACAGUAGUGAAAAAUCGUGUGAAUGAUUAAAAACACAGAAUAUUUGUGACAUUUAAAAUUUGAAAACAAACUAUUAUUUGUAUUUGCCAUCGCAACGUAUCAGUAGUGGAAAAAAAAAAAUUAUCGUAGACAGCCGUGGACUAUAACAUCACAAAUCACUGACACACUACCAUGCAACAUGGUAGCAACUGACUUGCUGUAAGUUAUAUUACAAAACAUAUGUUGAGACUCAAAAAUAAAUUAAAAAUGUAAAUAAUGUUUUCAGAUUUCAGAUGAAAUUAGCAGGAAUUGUGUUUAUACAGUUAAAUUGACUGCCGUUAAUGAAAGCACGUGAUUAAACUACGUUUUAAAUAUGUUAUUACAAGUUUAUUUAAUCACAAAUUAAAAAAAAAUAAUUAUGAAAUGGAUUGGAUUUCACAGUAUUUUGCAGUUCAUGAGAAUUUUUUUGGAUAGUAUGCAGAAUAGCAGAUUCUGUAAAUUAGGCAAAAAGUAACUGAAUGAAAGGUUUGUUGGUUAGGUUAACUGUAUUUUUUCUUUAAUUUUUUUUAUUUUUAAUAUUUGAACAAACAUCUUAUGUAUUAUUAUUGUAUCUGACUUAACCUAAUCAACCUUUCACUUCAGUAUUAUUUGUCUAAUUUCCCAGAGGACACAACACUUCACAUAUGCUUGUUCUUUUCCUCUGUAUUUUAUUUAUGAUGCGAAAAAAAUUUUUUUUUAAGAUAUUCUAGUUCUCAAUCUUACUAUUUGAAUUCUAUAUUUGUAUUUGAUUCUAACAAAAAAAAACUUAAAUUUGCACAGGUCUAGUUAAUACUGUUAAUUUAUAUUCAAAACACAGCUUAUUAUUUAACAGCCCAUAGUUCAUUGUACAUUUAAGACAGUUACUUAUCAUUUAACAUACCAUGCACUUCAAUAUUUGUGUAAUUCUCAAUAGGAUUAAUAUAAGGGGAACAGAUGGUCUGGAAGUUGUGUUCCAAAUCUAAUGUUUGCAAAAGUGUUUGCCCAACAAUUCAAUACUUAACUGCACCAGAACUGAACUCUUAAAAAAGAGUAAAGUUAUUUAGAAAGUAAUUUACACCCAGUUUUAAACUGAACUUUUUAAAGUGGUAGAGAAUUUGUAUCAGUAGGAUAGGAUAUGAAUCACAGGUCAUCGUAAAAUGUCUACGUGACGUAAUUUUUUCCCCCCUUGUGAGCCAGUGCUGGUCGCUGGACCACAAACCAAAAUAAUGCAAGGUCAAGUGAACUGCCUGAUGUCAUAAGUAAUUCAUUAUAUAAAACUGUGGAAAGGUGCCAGAAGAAAAUUGGUUGACUGAAGUUUGUUAACAAUGAAGACAAAUUUUGUACUUGAAAUUUUAUAAAAAUAUGUUGUGUGUCGACAUAGAUAUGUAACUGUGGAAACUUAUAAUAACUCCCUACUAUUGCAUUACAUUUCUUCAUUUAUUAGAAAUUCAUACAAUAAAUGAAGUUCUGAUAGUGUGAAAUUGCUAUCGAGAUUAAAGUUUCUUCUCACCAUUAUAUUUACAUGUACACUACCUGAUUGUGUAGUGUUUUGUCAAAUACAUUAAACAAGCUUAAAGAUA